AAUCCAGCGCACGCGUUUCCACUGUGACUGGUUAAGCGCCUCCUUUCCUCCAAAGGCAUUUCCUGGCGUCCGCGCAACCAGAAUACACAGCUGUACGCCAGCGGUUAUGGCAUGCUAUGGACCGCUAUUUUAUUUCUCCGUUAUCUUCCAUCUCUUGAGGAUGCAGGAGUGCGCGGUUAACUUCCAACUUUCCACUGUAUCGCGUUUGGAAAACAGCAUUUCGAGCGGCCUUUCCACAUUUUGAGACGGCACAAGGCGCGAGCGUUACUUUGUUUCGGGACAAACGGGAGCGUUGCACAGUUCCAUUCUAUUUAAUACACGACUGACGGUUGCUGGGGUGAUCGGAACCGCAUCGAACCCAAACCGAGCCGUUCUAGAUCUGACAUGAAGUCGUUCGGAUACGUCUAGAUCUCCUGCCACGUUUCGGUCUUCGAGGGCUGAAGUUGCGACUGCACCAGAGAGGUGGACAGACUGGCCGGCACAAUGAAGGAGGAGAACUUGUUCCGCAGACGGUUCUCUCUCUGUCCCACAGCCGCCUCGCCUCCCAAGAUUGACCCACGUCUGCUGACUCGCAACCUGUCCUAUGGAGGAGACAAUGAACUGUACCCACUUAGCCCAGGUAAUGAAUCGGAGAGGAACGGUUUGCCCUUACUGAGGGACGAGGUCAGUCCGGUCCGCUCGCCCAGCAGCGCGUCGGAAUCCAGGAUGUUUAUUGGUUUGGAGAAGGAGUCUUCCUCGCCCACGGAGAAGCUGGCAAGGAAAGAAUCGCUCAAGGUUCAGAAGAAGAACUAUCGACAAGAAAAGAAGAGGGUUGCCAAAGAGCUGCUCAGUGCACUUAAGGAUCCAAGUGUGGUUAUUAUGUCCAACUGGCUAAAGAUUCGGGGGUCAUUGAAGAGUUGGACGAAACUGUGGUGCAUCCUGAAGCCCGGCAUUCUCCUGAUAUACAAGACGCCCGGUUCAGAUCACUGGGUGGGAACGAUUCUUCUCAAUGCUUGCAAACUCAUUGAAAGGCCAUCAAAGAAGGACGGAUUCUGCUUCAAACUCUACCAUCCGCUGGAAAAGUCCAUAUGGGCCAUGAAGGGUCCUAAAGGAGAAUCUGUGGGCUCCAUCACACAACCCUUACCUAGUAAUUACCUGAUCUUCAGAGCAGCGUCCGAAUCUGAUGGACGCUGUUGGAUGGAUGCUCUGGAACUGGCUCUCAGCUGCUUCAGCCUGUCUAAGAUGACGGCGAAGAGCGGCAGGGAUGGAGAUCUGAGCAGCUCCUCGGAGUCCUCACACAUACUGCAGCUGCUGCAGAGCUCGCCUCUCACCGACCAGGACCUGCUUCAGUUGAAUGACUCCAUGUUGGAAAACCAUAUGGAGAACGACGCCAACUCGGACAAAUCAGAGAGAGAGGCGCAUGAAGACUCGGACAAUGCGGCCAAUGAGAACGGGGGCAGAUUGACGGAGGAGAGCGAUAUGGACCAAUCAGAUGACGUGUGCCUGCAGGCCACAGCAUUUGUUGAAGAAGCCCAUGAAGAGAUAGGAGAGGUUGGCGAGGCGUCCCAGGUCGAGACGGUCUCAGAGGAGAAUAAGGGUUUGAUUUGGACUCUCCUGAAGCAGCUGAGGCCAGGGAUGGACCUGUCUAAAGUGGUUUUGCCAACGUUUAUCCUGGAGCCACGUUCAUUUCUGGACAAGCUGUCGGAUUACUACUAUCAUGCUGACCUGCUGUCCCAGGCUGUGAUGGAGGAGAGCCCAUACUGCAGGAUGAAGCAGGUCUUGCGCUGGUAUCUGUCAGGCUUCUACAAGAAACCAAAGGGUCUGAAGAAACCGUACAACCCUAUUUUAGGAGAGAUGUUUCGAUGCUGCUGGCUGCAUCCACAAACAGACAGCUGUACAUUUUACAUCGCAGAGCAGGUUUCUCAUCACCCUCCCGUUUCAGCUUUCUACAUCAGCAAUAGGAAGGACGGAUUCUGCAUUAGUGGAAGCAUUCUGGCCAAAUCCAAGUUUUAUGGGAACUCUCUGUCUGCCAUACUCGACGGAAAGGCCAGGCUCCUGUUUCUGACCCGAGAUGAAGAGUAUAUAAUCUCAAUGCCAUACGCUCACUGUAAAGGUUUUAUGUGUGUUAAUGUUACAUUAGAGCUUGGCGGAAAAAUCACCAUUGAGUGUGAAAAAACACAAUGUUACACAGAACUUGAAUUCAAAUUGAAGCCUUUUCUUGGCAGCUCUUGCAACGUUAACCAGAUUUCUGGAAAGAUCCGUAUUGGUGAAGACAUUCUGGCUACAGUAGACGGGCAUUGGGACAGUACAGUGCACCUGACUGAGAAGAGGACGGGCCAGCAGGAGGUGCUGUGGAACCCCGGUCCAGACAUACGGAGACAGCGGCUGAAGAGACAGGUGGUGCAGAUCGACCAGCAGGAGGCGUUCGAGUCUGAGAGAUUUGUCGGUGUGCAGCAUGUGACCAGAGCGAUUAAGGAUAAAGACCAGAUGAGAGCCACGCAGGAGAAGUUUGUGCUGGAAGAGGCUCAGCGGCAGGAGGCCCGAGAACGAGCCGAGCGGCCCUGGAACCCACGACUCUUCUCCUUCAACACAGACACUAAUGAGUGGCACUACAAAUACCCCGACACGAAGCCGUGGGAUCCGGAGCGCUGUCUGGUGCAGUUUGAGAAAGAUGGCAUCAUCCAGACAAAAGAGAAAUCACAGCGCCGACGCAGAAGCUUCUCCUACAGCCAGAGCUGGGCUGGACAGCAGACGGUGCGGGUGAACGGCAAGCACAGGAAGUCGAGCAGCCAGCCGUCCAGCUGCAGUCAGAACACAGAGAGCAGCAGCAGCACACCAGAGCCCAACCAUGAGUCAUCCGACAAUGAAGGCUUCAUGAACCAGUGUGCAAGAUGCACUAAAGAAGUGAAGGACAUCGCCCUCAUAGAGGCCUCGGUAGCAGCUAUACAGAAAACACAGAAGGACAUCCAGAGAAACCUGAGUUCACUGGGUCGUCAAAUCACGCGGCACAAGACAGAAGAGGAGAGCAGGUCAUUGAGCGGCCGCCACUGUCUCAUCCUCUGCAUGCUGUUGUUCUUCCAGCUACUCAUCAGCUAUGUCUUCACUUGAGAUGCUGUCACCUAGAGACCAUCGCCUAGCAAUAAACACAACCAAACCAUCACCAUCACAUAGCCCCUUGAAUGCCCCACCGUGUUGUUGCUACUGACUGUAGCCACACCAUAAAGCACUAAGCACUUCAAUUAGAGAGAAAGAGACUCUUGUUUUAAUUAAUAUGGCCGAUAAUCAUUUCAGAGUGGAUGUAAAACACUGUACUGCCACUCUCGGUAACUGACGUGUUCCCUCUUUCCUAUGUACUUCCCUUUCUCUGCAAUAUAGGUAAUGUAUCUGUGGCAUUUUUGAAUGCAGUUGAAUGGGUUUGUGUGUCUGUGUUCGCGUUACCCACAAACUCCUCUUCCAUUUAUACACCGGGCCUUAAUAAUAAUGCCAAAAAGAGGAAAAAAAGAAGCGAAAAGUCAGUGAAGUCCGCCAGUGCAAUUUUAUUAUGCUUUCAAGUCAACGACUGACCACACAAAUUUGCUCGUUUUAUUAUUUUACCAAAACAGUGUUUCUGUAUAGAACAAUACAAAGAGUAAAUGUUUACAAACUUGAUUGUACACAAUGGAAACAAUGCUCUGACACCAAAUGUGUUGUGUAGAUUUAGAUGAAGUUAACAGAAUUGGAGAGAGCGCUACGAUAACAGAAUGGACUGUGGCAAGCUGGUUUAACAUUUAAUCCUUAAAACGUACCAAUAUCUAUAGUGCUUAUCCAUUAGCCUUUAGUGUUUAUUAGCUACUAGUUCUUAUUCAUUAGCUACCAGUGCUUAUAGUUACUAGUAACUUUUUAAAGGUACUAGUACUUAUUUCAGCAGCAACUAGUAACCAUUCUAUUGUUACUAGUAACAUUUUUUUUUUAAUUGCCAUUGACUUGCCAUUGACUAGUUCUGAAUAGUAUGUAUUCCACUAUUGAAUAGUAUCUUUUUAAAUGUUACUAGUAAGAAUUCAUGAUAUACUAGUACUUAUUCAUUGAAUACUAUUGUUUUUCAUUAGAUACUAGGACCUAAAUAGGUACCCAUAUCUAAUAAAACGUAUGCAUACUAGUAGUUAUUUGUUUUAUGUUAUGACUAGUCCGAAUGGCCACUGUAGAGUUCAAUUAAAAAACUUACUAGUAAUAUUUGGUAUAAGUACUAGUAUCUAAUGAAUAAGUCCUAGUGUCCAAUAAAUAAAAACUAUAUCUAGUAAUAGGUUCUAGUAUCUGAAAAAAUUAGUACUAGUACAAAAUGAACAACAACUAGUAUAUAAAAAUGUACUUGUCACAAUUGUUUUUUACCCAUCUUAUGUUAUGGCCACUUUAGAGUUCAAUUAAAAAUCGCACUAGUAACAUUUAGAAUAAGUACUAGUAUCUAAUAAAUGUGUAUGAGUAUGUAAUUCAUAACAACUUGUGUCUUAUAAAAGUACUAGUAUGUAUUUAAUAGAUAUGAAAAUAGACAGUACAUUGUAGGGCUGCACGAUAAAUCGAAAUGAAAUCGAAAUCGCGAUUAGACAGAAGAUAUGAUUGCCAUGUGUAUCUUUCAGUGAAGCACGGUUCUGUGAUCUGUAGGAAAUCAACAUCCGAAGGCCAGAGGGUGCUCUCGUGUGGAAAUUCCAAUUACGCCCGCAGAAGAAACCCAGGAAAUGCCUAUAGCAGUUGCUGAAUAAACAGAUUUAAAUGCUUUCAUUGAUUCAGCGUGACUAAUAAACACACGACUACGGCAAUAUAUGGUUUAUCGGAGUUCUUAUUAUUAUCAUUAUCAUUAUUAUAAAGUAUAUCUAUAAUGCAAUGCUAAUCGACAGCCUUUAUCACUGCUUAGAAUACUAUGAAAUAUGUUGCGUGCCUUAUUCUGUGUAACAAGCCACAUCAUCUCACAGAAGGAUUUAUUUAAAAUACUCGGCUAAUGUUAUCAAGUGAGUUUGGAGUAAAAACGUUAUUAAAUGUGAUAUUUUCACAUGCUUUUUAUCGCAAACGAUUUUUUGAUUUCAUAAUCAUACGAUUAUAUCGUCUGCAUUUUUUUUUUAGCUUGUCAGAGAACUACGGCUCUGUGCAGUAAAUGCUGCUCCAUCUGAAAGCAGGUGAUGGAGAUUUACUACUAAGCACAGAACUGGCUUUACUGACAAUAUGUGCAUGACAAUUGCAUUCGAUUAAUUGUGCAGCCCUACUACAUUGUAAGGAUUAAAUGUUAAAAUGGCUUGCCAUAAUAAGAAUAUUCAUACUCAUGCCUGUUUGUUGUGCAUUGGGUAGGUCAGUCACAAUAGGGACACAUGAGGCCUUCUGGGAAGUUCCAGUUAAUUGAUUUUGCUCGGAUGAAGUGCGAUACGUUCAAUAACAAAGGUGUGACUGAGUAAUCGAACGUGUAGAUAUUUGUUUGGAACAUUUGAAAUUCAGAAUGUAUUUAUUUGAUCGUUUCACUUGAUUUGUUUUAUAUAUAAAAAUUGUAUUGUUUUGAACACAUUCAUUCAGGUUUUCUGGGAGCAAGUACAGUCAAGCAUCAAAUCCCUCUCUCUUCCUGAGGUUUUUUGUUGUAAAGUUUGAGUGACCCCUUAGUGGGGAAAUAUUAAGGUCAAAGUACCAAACUUCCAAUGCAGGAUUCAUAUAGGAAAUUUGUGCUUGAAUGAUGCUUGAGCUCCUGAGCCAUAGUUCAACCCAUUGAAAUGUAAAAUUAUUUUUCAUUUACUUUUUCCUUUUUUACAGAGCACAGUACAAUGUUAUCUUGUCUGACAACUGAAAUGAAUGAGAUGUCAAUGGCUCACUGUUUAUUAAUGAUUGUUGCAAUUACAGCACCACUGUAAAGUUUUACAUUUCGA